ACUACUAUCCCGAUAGCGUUUAAACUAGCUCAUACUCUCUUCGUCGCUUUUUAACAACCACAGCUUGAGCUGUAAGUCUGUCCCGGGUCUCUUUGCGACGACGUCUCUCGUCCUUCACCGUGCAACACUGAUCCAACAACUCGAAUUAUAGUCUGCUCUGCGCUCGAGAUUGAUUUAUCCAUUGGCGAAGAGCGUAACCUUCGGAACACCUGGGUCGUUGUUCUCUGUAAGUAAUUAUGCUGCGGGAAGGUCUCAAGAAUCUCCAACCGAGUCUCAUCUCCGAUGUCCCACCCCCCGGCGAGGAUAAUACGACUAUAACUACUCACGUGGCCCUUUCCCAUGAACCCAGCAUCGGUGUAAACCGAGUGACGCUCCCAACUACACUCCCAUCUACCCUAUGCACACGCCUCGCGCGCGCUCACAAUCCCCGAGGCAUCGAGGACGCGAUUACUGCCGUACAGGAAGCGAUAUCCCUCUCACCGACGGGCGAGCCCGACGCCACACUGUUGUAUACCCUUGCCGAGUUGCUCCUCCAUCGAUUUGAGCUCCGCGGCCAACCGACAGAUAUGGCGGAGGCCUUAUCCCUCCACCACAAGACGCUUCUCCUUAGUCCUCUCGGUCAUCCGGAACGCUACCAUUCUCUGCUGUCGCUCGCAAAAGCGUCACACACCCAUUUCUGUUACGCCAGCAAAUACCAAGAUCUGACCGACGCUAUCGAGUUCGGCUGUCUCGCCCUCUCGCUUUUCGACCCUACGUGCCACGAUCAGCCCACAUUUUUUACCACCGUAGCUGCAUUGAUGCUCAGCAGCUUCAAGCAUACAUGCCUCUCCCCCGAACUGGACCAGUGCAUUGAACAUGCCCAAGAAGCUGUCUCACAUUGUUCACCGGAGUCGCCCGCCCGGCAUGCGUCGCUGGACAUCCUCUCGCGGUCGCUGCUUUCAAGAUACAGGGAACGGGGCAAACCUUCUGAUUUAGAGGUAGCAAUCGAAUACGCACAGGAAGCUGUUUCCCUUUGCCUCACGGGACAUCUCGAUCGUGCUCGAGCACUGGUGGCUAUGGCUACUGGGCUUCUAGUCCGUUCCGAGCGCACCGGAGACCCGGGGGACCUGCAGCAAUCGGCGUCGCCGUCUCGUGAUGCUCUCGAGCUUUGCUCGCCUGAAAUACCGGCGCUCCUCAACACCCUCGUUCCUGCGCUCAUCGCCAUAUCUGCGAGAGAGAGCGAACGAUCCGGUCUGGAGACGUGCAUUGAACUCGGCAACCAAGCGCUCACGCUCUGUCCACUGGGCCAUCUCGACCGCCCGCACCCGCUCAUCAACCUCGCCGUCGCGCAACUUGCUCGCUUCGAGUUCGCCGGCAGACAAGAAGACAUAGACAACAGCAUAACCUCCCUCCGCGAAGCCAUCGGACUGCUGCCAUCUGGGGCCGUCGUUCGCGCUGUAGCUCUCGAAAGAGAGGACCUCAUCAAGAACAUCGACUACGCCUAUGAAGCGCUUUCGCUCUGUCCUCCGCGCCAUUCCUACCGUACCAGUAUCGUGGGCCAUCUGCCAAAGACUCUCUUACAACAAUCCUGGACCGAUGGUAAUUCCUCCAUUCGUCCGGAGUUGAUUUCCACCCUGGCAGAUGCCCUGUUGGAUCGCUUCAUGCCGACGGGUCUGCCAGACGACCUCACAGACUGCGUCCUGUAUGGUUAUAAAGCUCUGUCAUUGCGUACGGGAGGGCAUUCCCGCCGCCCACGCAUUUUAGCUGGGCUAUCGUUCUAUCACAACGAGUCAAGACAGUUGGAGGGCUUGAAUAGUUCCAUUUCAUUUCUUCGCGAGGCGUUAUCCUUGGAGACGAAGGAUCCCGAAGACCUGGAGAAGUUCAUGCUGUACACCGAGGAAGCACUACGGCUCUGUCCGCUCGAGCAAUUCUUCCUCUACGACUCUGCCUCGUGCUACAUGCAACGAUACAAGCAGGCUGGAGAGCAUGGCGACUUGGACAAAGGUAUCGACUGCUACCAGGAAGUCCUAUCCGACGUAUCUCUUUAUCCAGACCAGUCACCCAUUCACCAAGGUCUACUUCUGAGCAUCGCUCUGCUCGAGCGACACAGGGCGCUUGGGAGAAUGGAGGACCUCGACGAGUGCAUUGAUCUGGCACAAAGAGCGCUGUCGUCCUACUCUCCAGAAUUGAGUCACCUGGGGCGUGGAAGGUCAUUGUGUGUUCUCACAUCAGCUCUUAGUCUCAGGUAUUCCAGCACUGGUAACAAAGCGGAUAUCUCUGACGCUAUUAUGCAUGAAAGAGAGCUCGCGGUUUCUGAACUAGGUCUUGACUGUCUACAGCGGCUUCGCACCGCGAUGCACUGGGCAACCAUGGCCCAUAAUCAAGACCAUCCUUCGACACUGGAGGCCUACCGCCUGAGUCUUGAGCUAUUGGAGCGGAAUUUCGUAUAUUUCCCGACAUUGGGGAUGCAGCACGACGCGGUUCGAGAAGUCAAGUCUUUGCCUUCGAAUGCCGCAGCGUAUGCAAUCGGCCAGGGAGAUCUCAAGCUCGCCGUCGAGAUGCUGGAGCAAGGAAGAGCAUUGCUCUGGUCCCAUGUCCGCCGUCUGCGCACUCCCCUCGACCAACUGGCUGUCGACGAAGACCUGAUCCAUCUUCGAGACACUUUUCUGCGGAAGAGUCGCGCGCUUGAGGCACUCAAUAUUUCUGCGAAUCCAUUCAUAAGAGGCUCGGCUAUAGGAGAAGGCGACGGUUCGUAUGGGCAUAUGCUGGAGAUGAAACAUCGUCUGACGGCGGAACUGAACGGGGUCAUCGAACGGAUUCGUGUCAAGUUCCCUAACUUUCUGAAGCCGCCUUCCUACGACAAACUCAAGGCGGCCUCUGCAGAAGGCCCCGUCAUCAUUGUUAACCACAGCGAGUAUCGCUCGGAUGCUCUCAUUCUUGGCCCGGGCGACAGCCUCAGCUGCGUUCAGCUGUCCGACAUCUUCUACGACCAAGCCGUCGAACUGUCCGACAAGUUGCUCAAGAUGCGCCAGGUUUUACUGCGCUCGGCACAGAAGGAGUACGAUCGAGUUCUACGCCUGAUGCUCAAGUCCCUCGGCAAUCUUCUCGUCGUUCCCGUCAUGGAGAAGCUGAAGGAGCUCGGAGUCAAGAAAGGGUCGAGGAUCUGGUGGUACCCGACGUCUGUAGUAUCAGCGCUACCGCUCCACGCUGCAGGCCCGCUUAAGAUGCCAGAUUCGAAAUCGUCCAAGUCCAAGGUGUACCUCCCGGACAUAUACAUCCCAUCUUACACUCCGACCCUCGCUGCACUUAUCGAAGCCCGAGCAGCGCCGGCUGGUGGCUACCGACUAGUAGAGCGUGCAGGCCUUCUUGGAGUUGCGCUACUCGACCAGUCGCUGCAAGCGGUGGGCAAAGAAGUGGAGGUCCUUCGCAGUCGCUUCCCAGAGGGCAAGCUGACGCUCGCCAUCGGGAGUGGAUGCAACCGCGAGACGGUGGUCGCCGGUCUUGCGGAGCGUCCAUGGGUGCACUUCGCCUGCCACGGGACGCUCGAAGCGAGAGAUCCCUUCAACUCGGCGCUCAUCCUCUCCGGGGGCGAGCGGCUCACGCUACUCGACAUCGUCAAGGCCGGCCUCCAUAGCGCCGAACUGGCCGUCUUGUCGGCAUGUCACACCGCCGAGCAGACACAGGACAGCGCGAUGGACGAGUCGCUUCACCUGGCGGCUGCGAUGCAGUUCUCUGGGUUCCGGAGCGUGGUGGGGACGGUUUGGCAGCUGCAGGACGAUGAUGGGCCGAUGUUCGCCGAUUACUUCUAUCGCGCGAUAUUUGCAGAGAAAGACGAUGAAGACGCGACCCAUGCAUCAGAGGUCGGAUUCAAGAAGGCAGCGCGAGCGCUGUGCUCAGCUACGAAGGAGAUGCGGCGACGCAAAGUUAGCGUGGAGAGAUGGGUCAACUUCGUACAUAUUGGGGCGUAAGCAAUGAUAUUCGGACGGUAUUCCCCAUAGAUUCAUUGCGGUUCUGGCGUUAUAACGACAGUCAAGCCCAUUUCUUCUUCUUGCGUCUGUAUAUAGAAUGUUUUAACAAUGAACGCACUUGAA